GAACCAUGAUCAGACCUCAAGUGAGGCUCAGGAGUUGAACACGAUGUACCAGUCUAGAUGUUUCGCAAGAGUGCCUUAAGUUUCUCGAAAUAUUGCUCGUCAUGUAUAGAUCUUUAUAUACUUCACUACCUUACUAGAAGAUGAUUAAGGUUCCCGUGCUGCAGUAAUGAAGUUUUAUAUUAUUGCAAAAGUGGUCCUUGGUGUUCUAUUGAGCUCCCUUUCAUUCAUUUACAGCGCAUCUAUCCCAUUCCAUCACAUUAGAUCUCAGUACGUAAAUCUUCUACAGCUUUUGGCAGUUGAUAAACCAAUCAGCAACACAAACCUUUGUAUGUAGAUCUUCAACAUUCUUCAACGGUGACAAGGUCCCGGAGUUUGGCUGAAGGCAUAUUUAAUCCCGGUGCUGUUCGUGGUUUCUUGUUUCAAAUUCCUUCUCGAACCUCCGGAUAAUGAGUAGUACGAUCAGGGAGGUUUGGGGAACUUUCAGCAAGCUCGAAAUGUGUUAUUUAAAUGCGUCUCGAGGUGCUAUAAAUACUAAUGCGCGCCAACACAAUACUCCUCUUGAUUAUCUUCCCUUUGGCGCCGAAGCUCUGAUUAUCCUAUUGCCAUUAGCACACCAUGCCACCACCUGUUAUAAUACAUUUGAUGAGACAUGCUCAGGUAUGGAUAUCCACUUUGGCACCCAAAGAUCUAUUUUAAUGUGUCGCUCACAGCACGAUAGCUCGACUGGACGCUUAUCUGAUGGUGGAAUGAAGCAGGCACUUGCCUUUGCCAAGUCAUUCAAAGACGCACAUCAUAUCACCCAUAUAUUUUGCUCUCCUGAGAUUCGAUGCAAGCAAACUGCGGAGGUAGCUUUUCGAGAAGUGAUUGCUCGUGGCAUUCCAUUUAUGGUUGUACAAGAGCUUUCUGACAAUCGAGGGAUAGGUCUCUCCUUUAUGUGGCGAUAUCUUAAUCCCCUUGAGAGGAAUGAGGUUAUGAUGAUAAGUCAUGGAAGUGUUUUACCAACACUUCUUCAACAACACCAUGCCGGCUAGUUUCUCCCUUCAACGCGCUCACAUUAGCCCGUUAAGUCAUGGCUAAUAUGGAUGUUCCUUAGAUUACCGAGAACAAGACUUCCCUAAUGUCGGAAGAAGAAGCUAUAUCCUGAUACAACGUCUUGAGCAUGUUGUUCCUGAAAGGUUGCCUAGGGAGAGGGGAGAGGCAUAUCCGCCGCCUACCUCUUGGAUGGUCUUCAAACGCAAAUCUGCAGCAUUUUCCAGGGCUAUGGUUAGAUUUGUUUCUAUCUGUUGA